UAACAGCUCUAGCCAUCUGGGGAAAGGAUGUCAGAGCUCCAAAGGCGAAAAUAAUCAAAUUAGCUCCCUCAACCAACCCAUUUGGGCAUAUCAAAACAAAACAAAGGCCAUCUUGUGGGAAGUGCUGAAACAGGCACUCUUGGCUCAGCGCGGCCCGCUGCAAUCCGUGGAGGAACGUGCCGCCCAGCCACCAUCAUGCCUGGGCACUUACAGGAAGGCUUCGGCUGCAUGGUCGCCAGCCGAUUUGACCAGUUAUUUGAUGACGAAUCAGAUCCCUUCGAUGCGUUGAAGGUGGUGGAGAACAAGAAAAAAGAAGCUGGUGGAGGCAGUGUUGGGGGCCCUCUGGCCAAGGGCGCACCCCAGACCAACUCCUAUGAGGCAGGCAAACAGUUGAGUAAAGAGUCCCAGAAAGACCACAAGAACCCACUGCCUCCCAGUGCUGGCGUGGUUGACAAGAAAGAGGAGACGCAGCCACCCGUGGCGCUUAAGAAAGAAGGAAUUAGACGUGUUGGAAGAAGACCUGAUCAGCAACUUCAGGGUGAAGGGAAAAUAACUGAUAGAAGACCAGAAAGCUGACCACCUCAGGAAAGACGAUUUGAAAAACCACUUGAAGAAAAGGGUAAAGGAGGAGAAUUUUCAUUUGAUAGACCAAUCAUUGAUUGGCCUAUUCGGGGCUGUGGUGGUCCUGGAAGAGGUCGAGGAGGCCGUGGACGUGGAAUGGGCCAAGGAGAUGGAUUUGAUUCUCAUGGCAAUUGUGAAUUUGAUAGGCAUAGUGGAAGUGAUAGAUCUGGCCUGAAAGACGAAGACAAACGGGGAGGUAGCAAAUCUCACAACUGCGGGACUGUCAAAGAUGAAUUAACUGACUUGGAUCAAUUGAAUGUGACUGAGGAAUCACCUGAAGGUGAAGAACAUCCAGUGGCAGACACUGAGAAUAAGGAGAACGAAGUCAAAGAGGUAAAAAAAGAGGGUCCAAAAGAGAAGACAUUGGAUGAGUGGAAGGCUAUUCAAGAUAAGGACUGGGCAAAAGUAGAAUUUAAUAUCGGAAAACCAAAUGAAGGUGCUGAUGGGCAGUGGAAGAAGGGAUUUGUUCUUCACAAGUCAAAGAGUGAAGAGGCUUAUGCUGAAGAUUCGGUCAUGGAUCAUCAUUUCCGGAAGCCAGCAAAUGAUACAACGUCCCAGCUGGAGAUCAACCUUGGAGACCUUGGCCGACCAGGACGUGGUGGCAGGGGAGGAAGAGGUGGAUGUGGGUGUGGUGGGCGUCCCAAUCAUGGCAGCAGGACUGACAAGUCAAGUGCUCCUGCCCCUGAUGUAGACGACCCAGAGGCAUUUCCAGCUCUGGCCUCACUGGAUGCCAUAAGACAACCCUGGUUCCUUUGUGGACCCUCCUCUCUCAGGCUUUGCAUGCUUAAGGAUCCCAAACAACUAAGAAAUUAAAAAAAAAAAAAAGACUCAUUCAUACCAUUCACAGCUAAAGAGUGAAUUUC